UGCGCGCGCACGCGUCGGCCAUUGUCCGUAGUUCGCGCGUAUGCGUGCGUAUUUUGGCGGUUUACCAGUUGCACGUUGCACGCGGCACGCGUACCGCGCGCGCUGCGGCAAAGAGGUCGCGCGUGUCAGCCAACCGGUCAACAGCACACAACAGCGGUUGUCGCGCUCGUUAACGAAGAAACGAAGCCGCGCGGUGAAAAAGAGGUGGCCGGGCCCCCCCCCCCCCCGUGUGAGAGUGAGAAAGCGAGUGUGCGGUAGAUGCGCGGGAUGGAAUUGCACACGCCGAAGCGGGAGUCGCGGCCGUCGGUAGAGGCGUUGGAGCGCAGCCCGUGCGACACGUUCUACCCGUGGAACUGGAGCGAGGAGGCACGCAACGUGAAUCUCAGCCCCGGCAGCUCGUGUUCGUCGCCCGAGUACAGGGAGCACGGUGCGAGUACGGGCGCCGGCGUCGGUUCGAGAAGCGGCGCCGAGAGCCAUCGUCGAGGUCGGCCGCGCGCCGACGCUCUAACGAAUCUCAUGAUGCAGGGCAGCACGUCGCCGAGCAACAUCAAGUGCAAAUUCUGCAACCGGGUGUUCCCGCGCGAGAAGAGUCUGCAGGCGCACUUGCGCACCCACACCGGAGAACGUCCAUAUUCAUGCGAUUAUCCUGGAUGCACAAAAGCUUUUACUCAAUCGGGACAAUUAAAGACUCAUCAACGACUACAUACAGGAGAGAAACCAUUUUUAUGUACUCAACCAGGCUGUGAAACAAGAUUCACUCAUGCCAAUAGACAUUGCCCUGACCAUCCUUAUGCCAAUCUAACAAGAUCGGAUGAUUUUGUAUUAAAACCAGUGUCCGAGAACAUGGAGUUGCCACACGAUGUUACUCGAUGGUUGGAACGUUACAAGAUGUCGAGGGAACGUGAGGAAAGAACACCGACCGGGAAGAAUGAACGAAAGAAAAAGACGUGGAAGAGCACCGCCGAGAAUCACAAGAGGAUAAAAUCUAGAAAAGGCCUGAUGAUGGACAUAGCAGGAGAACAAGAAAAUCUCGAUCGCAAACCACCAAGUCAGCGGCUAUACUGCAGUGAGAGUCAGGAUAGUCAGGAUAGUCAGGAAGAGAGCCAAGAUGAGGAUCCAACAGAAACAUGCUGCGCGAUAUUGCAAACGUCCGAAGACGAAGAAGCUUCGAGUGUCAAACUGGCGAAUACGCCAUUGAGAAGACCCUUGGAUAGAUUACAACCAAAGAAACGAUGGCUACGAUAUGCUUGCUUAGAACAAGCAAAAUUAGAUCUAAACGAAGAAAUUAGACCUAACAGUGCGACAUCUGUAUACAAAAUUGACGAGAAGCAGAGCCUGAACGGAUCCACAGAAUCAUCCGAGUUACAUUGGUACACAUCGUUAAUCGACAAUUCCAUCGCGGACAAUAAUAUAUCUACAUCGAAUAUGGAGAACGAACUAACUAUUCCAAAUGCACAAUUGGUGUCUUCUUAUGUCUCCUCUGAAAUAUGUUGGGACAUGAAUCGAAAUAACGAAUCUCCUAAAGUUGCAGAAAAACAUUUAUACAAGAUUGAUGAUUCUUUAAACAAUUGGACUUGUUUAGAAUCACCCAGUACCUUGCCAAGUAAUCAGAGUAUUUUUAAAACUAGUAUUAACGAAUAUGUUGCAAAAGCUCAAGAUUCUGAAUUGGUUCAUCUCGACUACACUGAGCAUACUACUAUUCAUAGAGAGAUAGCGAAUCAAGAUAUGCCAGCCAAUUUUCAUAUCAGUGAAAAUGAAACUAGACCAACGGUGCUGAUGUUGGCUGGUAGUUCAAGUGGUAACAAAGGGGAGAUUGUUUCAAAACUACCUACUGUAAAAGACAUUGACAGAACGGAUGCGAAAAUAAUCGGUAUUACGACAGGGGACAAUGUAGCCAAGUCACCAAUACAGGAAGAGAAUAAGAAAUGGCUGGGCGCUCUGGCACUGAUGGAAUUGGCCAAGACGCAGGAAGAAGCGGAGGUUUUAAGUCUUAAGUACGACGUAAGCAACGAAUGUUCCAUGGCUUUAGAAUUAUCAUCAUAGCCAUUUAUAUAUAGACUGUGAUUACUCUGGUUAUUAUAACUUUGUUAUUUUUAUACGCGAGAAGAAAAACGAGAAAAAAAGCUCCUAUGUCCACACUCAUGUAACACAGUCCACUAUAAGUGAAAAAGGGGCCUCAUAUCCUGUAAAAUACAUGUUCUCUUUAUUAAUUAUUGUUGCUCUUUAAUCUUUACUAUUAUUACUCUUAUGCGAUAAAUUGUAUUUGUUCUGAUUGGGAUUUUUUUCUGAAUCUUUUAAUUUCAUGUGUUAAUGUAUUAUUAUGUAUACUUGUACAAAACAGGGAAUUAUCUUACUGUUACGAUUUUCUUCUAUGCAAUGCUCUGAAAAACAAAUGUCUCUUGAAGAGAUCAAAGCAAAGCUUAUUAUUUUUUAAACGCAUAAUAAUCCAUCAAAAUGAUUUGAUGACAGGAGUAUUGUAAUUUUUGUUACUUUACAGUACAAAACAAUACUGUAUAACAUGCAUGUAAACAUAUAUCUACAUGUUAAUUUCUUUUACAGCGCCACAGUUUAUUGUAUAUUAAUAAUAAGGACUUGUGUGAUACUUAUGUUAAGAAUAAUAAUAAAUACGACGAGAAGAAAAGCAUACGAAAUAGUGUCGAAAAUAUUGAAUUGAGUUUAAAAUCGAAAGAGUAUUUAAUUGGAACAAAGUCAUUUUAUUUAUAAAGUAUAUAAUAAAAAGCUAAAAUAUAAAACCCAAAAGUUAAUUUUCAUCCUAUUAAAAAUAAUUUAUAA